UUAAUUGGGAGUUCGCCUAGCAGUUUUUAAAAUUUUAGGAUUCCACCAUUCAAGUAGACAGGACUUGGUCUUGGAUGCCUGAAAUAGCUGUCCGGAGGCGUUGCAAAUAUGGCCGCCAAGUGAACAGACUUUCCUUGAAAGGGACUUUGCAGGAGAUAUUGAAAUGCUAAACCACCAUGAUUAAUCAACCGCUUGUAGCUGGAGACACCAUAAGCUGCUGGGCCAAGAGAGACACAAACAGACAGCAAGGGGCCUGGAUGCUGUCAGGGCCUGAAAGAAAUAUGCUAAUAAAACAAGAACUGAUGAUAAUGUCUGAGGCCCAAGGUCAAAGCUGGUGAAUAAACAUCUUUAUUGCAUCAUCUUAGGCAGAAGAUGGAACUUAAGGACAAGUGAUAGAGUGAUAAACAAGAUCCUGAGCUCCAAAAGGAUAAUGGAUCAUCAAUCUGAUGUGGAGUAUUUGGGUGGACACCAGCAGAUCCAUAGCCUUUUCAGGGGGCAUUACAUGCAUUUUGCCAUUUUGUGGCCUUGAAGGGCACUGCAGAAUGGGGAAGGAUAUUUGAAGGGUCAAUAAAAAUAACUGAAGCAGAAGACAUCAGCUCACAUGACUGACGGCUCUAAUGGGUAGAUGAAUAUCUAAUUCUUGUCUCACUCGUGACCUUCUCCAUUGCUAACCCAGUUUCCAUGGCAGCCAAGUGUGAUGCUUUUGACAGGGCAUACGGGUGCCAAGGAGCCGAGGGCUGCAUGGGUCCAGUGGUCAUGCCCCCAGGGAAGAAGGCCGAGGGCCCCAGCAGUGGGAGCGUGGCGCGGGGUCUGAGUCAGCUCUACCAGGACACCGAAGCAGCUGACCUCUCUCUGGCCCUGUCUGCCUCUCUCAGCCGGGCCGAGGAUGAGGAGCUGACCAGCCUUAGCUGGUUGCAUGAGAGCACAGAUCUUCUGACCAGUCUGGGCCACUCUGGCCUGCGUAGCGUUAGCCCCCUGCAGGAUGCUAACGGUGGCCGCGAGCCCUCGUCCUCGCCGUCGUCCUCCCCUGAGCCAAGCGAGCCGCCCUACCACCUGUCCACGGGUCCCAGCCGUAAACCUCCGUACUCUUUCAGCUGCCUCAUCUUCAUGGCAAUAGAGGACGCUCCCUCUAAACGACUUCCUGUCAAAGACAUCUACGGAUGGAUACUGGAGCACUUCCCUUACUUCGCUAGCGCCCCCACUGGUUGGAAAAAUUCAGUGCGUCAUAAUCUGUCACUAAACAAAUGCUUCAAGAAGGUGGAUAAGGAUCGCAGUCAGAGCAUAGGAAAGGGUUCUCUCUGGUCUAUUGAUCCUGACUACAGACAUAAUCUGAUUCAGGCGCUGAAGAAGACUCCAUAUCAUCCGUAUUCCCCUCGGCUUCCAAAACCUUCUACCUCCCCAUCUGCCUCUCCUCAGCAAUACCACAGUCCUCCACUAUGGCCAGGAAGUCCACUCUUCAGAAAAAAUGGAGGAGUGCUCUUACAAGUUCCACAGAGAGUGAUACAGCAUAGCUCACGUGUUGCUGCUCAGGGGCUCUUUCCAGUUAUCAGACCCCUUCCUUUGAGUCCUGUGAGUAAGAGGACCACAGCCGUGAGAUCAGCCCUGGGCGACUAUCUGACACGGGGUAAAAACAGUCUGUGCAGUGACUCUCCUCCACCCAGCGAUGAUCAACAGGAGGACCACACGUACAGCAGCUCCCAGUCUCCAAGUACAAAGGGGGACAUUUCUUCCUCCCUCUCCUCCUGCUCCACUCAGGGUUCCCUCUCUGUCUACAGCCACGGUCAGGAGGCGACGGUCACUGAGGUCAAGGAGGAGCAAAAAGACUUUCCGCUGGACGCUUCGCCACCUCUUCCCCAGCUACUCCAGCGCAGAAGACUGCUGUGGACCAAAGGUCACCUACGGACCCCUGGUGACACACUUCCCCUGAAGAAGAGGAGGGCGGAAAAUCUCCUGGUAAAAGAGGAGGAAGAUGAGGAGAUGAAGGAGGCGGCGGGGUCGUUGCUUCACCUGGCGGGCGUGCGCACCGGUUUGAAUAAGAACGCUCAGCGUGCGUGUAAAGUUCAGAAAGAGCUGAAAGAGGAAGCCAGUGAUUAGCAAUGAACGGAAAUCCCGUUAACACAGAUCUAAAUACUUCUGUUCCAGGAUAUCAGGUGAAUUCUAGUCAGUUGUUGCAAUAUCAAUAAAAUCACUGUUGUCCCUUGUUAAAUUUGAUUUCCUGGGUGAAAGAAUCUCAUGUUCAUGUUUUUUUGUGUGUGCGUGUGUGUGUGCGUGCGAGCGUGUGUGUGUGUGUGUGUGUGUGUGUGUGUGUGUGUGUGCAUGUAUGUGUGAAGAGGGAAAAAAGCCAUAGUAAAAAUUGGGUCAUUUGAGUGAAAUCUGUUUUAAUGUUUGUUUUUGAAUUCAUCAAGCCUACGGAACAAGUUAAAAGAAUUAAUUCUGUUGUAGCAAUCCUUCUAGUUCACAUCAGAAAGUUGAACGGAGAGAUUUUCUAUGCUGCUCUCAAGUGUGCCAAAGAUGAUACCUGUUGAUGAAAGUGCAGCUAAUCCAUGCACACUUAGUAAGACCAGUAAUAGUUUCAAAACGUAGUAAUACCGACCUAUAUUACAAAAACCAUCAGAUGAAUAUUUGGGUCAAUGACAUAAUGCUCAUUUUUCUUGGUCCACAUCUAUUGAUUAACUCAAAAAUACAUUAAAAAUGCAGUUCACGACUUGAGUACGCCUCUUGUUGCAUUUUUUAUUUCGAAAUUCAUUUUUGGGUCAAGUCAGAAAGUUCAGUGUGGUGAUUAAAAUUAGCAGUGUUAAGGGGAAAGUUACUUUUUAAAGUAAUGAGUUACAAUUUUGCGUUACUCCCUAAAAAGUAACUAAUUGCGUUACUUAGUUACUUUUAAUGAAAAGUAAUGCAUUACAUUACUUUUGCAUUCUGUUUUGGGCAAAAGGAAAGGCCAUUUUACACUAAAAGUUACAUGAAUAAGCCUUAGGCUGAAGGAAAUGCAAAGUAACUUGCGUUACUUAUUUGAAAAAGUAACUCCGAUGUUUUGUAAGUAAUCUGAUUACGUAACCCGCGUUACUUGCAAUUAGUUUCCCCCAACACUGAAAAGUAAUAUGGCAUUAUCUUUUAUUAUUAUUGUCUUAAAAAUAUGAAAAAUUUGAAACAUUAAUUAAAUUAAUAAUAAUAUAAAUAUUUUUGACAAAACUGCUCAAUUAUAUUUGAAAACUUUUGUCUGAAAAGUAAAAAAAAAAAAUCUGCAGACUUAUGUGUCAAGGUCAGCAAGUCUCUUAAAUAUCAGAUAAUUUGACCUUUUCAUGUCAAAAUUCAUUAAAUAAAAAAGGAAUAAUUAAGAAUGCUUUUUGCCUUGAGAAAUUUAUUUAUUUCUUAAUAAUGAUUAACGUGUGCAUUCAUGUAUGUACUCAAGGUAUAAGGAAAAUAUAUUAUUCUUUUUAUUAAUGUUUGAUGGCUACACCACAGCAUUUUAAAGUCAUUAUAUUUACUUUUCUUGAAAAUGGUGUACACAAUAACAAAAAGUACAUUUCUACUUGGCACGUGUUUUAAAAUAGAUUUUUCCUAUUCUUUAUGGUGGACACUCUUAUAUGUCAUUGAUCCAUUUAUUUAUUAAGCAGCAAAUGUUUUGUGUAAAAUGGCCUGUGUCCAGUGGAUAACAAAUGUAAAGGUCAAAUGCAAUAUGCCAAUUCUCUCUAGAUGCCUGGUGUUCAAAACAUUUCUGGUGUUAGUUCUUAUUUGAAGCACACGAAAACUAAUCUUUCUAUGAAGCAAUGUGUCAGAAAUGCCUAUUAUGUUGCCAAAAUGUUUUUUUUUUUUUUUUUUUUUUAAUCUUUAUUUUUAAAAAAUCUUCAUCACAAUCCAAGCAAUUUGUCCUGUCAGGAUAACACUGUAAAAAGAUAUUCCCUUUUUUUCCACAAAAGGCAGUUUUUGCCUGUUUUUCAGUUAUAUUGCAUGGGUGCUUGUACAUAAGAAAGAAGUAUUUUCUUUUCUAAACGAAAGAUCAUGUAAGAUAGAUAUUUAGCAUGAGGCAUGGCUUAUUUUCUUACGAGAAAACAGAGAGAGGCGUCUCUUAAAGCGUAGGUUUCUUUCUUUACUUUUUUUUUUAAUCGUAUUUCUCUUCUGCGGCAGACAACUCUUCCAAAGGAAGGGACUUCAUGAAAACCCAUUAAUGAACAGAUCUGCCUUGUAUUGAAUAUCAGGUGAAACUGAUUUUGCCUUUUUUGUGGUCCUCGGUUUGGUGGUCCUUUUUCAAUUCAUUGAUGUAAGUGUUCAGAUGUUGUUAAUAAUCAGUGUUGGAUGACCUAUCACUCUGUACACCCUUUAAGGUUGUGCUUGGAUGUCUGUUCUGUUCUUUUGUAAUGGUUCGAUACUCCGUUAAAGUCAUUUGCAUUGUGCAACCUGCAGCGUUGAUAUCAUAAAUUGUACUGAAAUAGUUUGACAAGGAAUUAGUAUUGGCUUUAGGAUAAUCCCUUAUUAGCGCGAUCGACCAUGGCUUGUCUGUUUCCUUUAUAUCUUGUUUUAAAGUACCCAUCUUUGCUACCAUCCCUCAUGAACUUGAACUCCAUCUGUGAAACUGAAUGUCCAGGUGUGUGAGGGCGUCCUGUGAUGGUUGUUUGCUGCCUGCUUGGGUCGUCAUCCAUCAAUGUCAUACAUAUGGCGCGUUCAAGUCAUGUCGGAAAGAUCGUAUUUACGAGUUGAACGCACAUGAACGCCACCAUAAUGUCGUAAAUAUGAGUGGGAAGCUGGGGAUUAUAUGUGCAUUCGCGCCAUGUUGUAAUUACUGUAAUUCAGAUAUUUCAACUUUUAAAAAGUGUCCAUGACCUCAUAGAGCUUGUAAUUACACCUUGUAAGAUGGGAA